ACUCCUGAGCACCCAUUUAAAUACUUCGUUGUGCUCUGUCCCAGCACAUACCUUAGAGGUAACAUUCAGAAAUUAGAGACUUAACUUGGCGAAAUGGAACGUAGAGACACCUUUUGCUACUUAUGUGUAGUUAAAUUCUUGAAUUUGCUGCCAGAUGAGGUAGUCAAGGCGACUUCCCAGGAGUAAGCUUGACAUAUUAUUAGGGACUCAGGACAAUAUUUCGCUACGAUUUGAUAUCAUUUCUCUUUUUCACCAUUAACCUUACUUAGGUUCGUAUCAUAAGGUAUCGGUUACUCACGGCUACUGGAUACGGAAUCCCAUUAAGCUAAAACUUCAGCCACAACCAUUUGAAUAAUUUUGGAUAUAAAAAACUCCCGUCGUUUUUGAAAUCUACGUCACAGGUCCGUGUGAUGGCUUUAGUUUCCUAUGGGAGUUCGGGGGAGGAAUCUAAUGAUGAUGAAGAGGAUUUGGUUGUCAGCAACGAGAGUACUACAACAGCUAACAGUAUAUUAAAAGAUCGAGUUGAACCUGAGUUUAAAAUGAGAGUCCCUAAAAGUGCUAAGCUACCUAACCUUGUCCCAAACAUUCCUAUUGUCAAAACAAAAGACGGUAAGGUUUUGCUUUCCGUCCCCGAUUUGGAAGCGUUGGAUUCGUCAGAUGACAGUGACGAUGAAAGCAGUCGUUCAGCUAAGAAUAAGUCCUAUCGAAAUUCUAAACCUGGAACAGAUAAAGUUAGCCUUCUUUCUGUCCUUCCACCAACACGUGCACUUAUUGUCCGAGAAGGGAACAGACCAAUGAUACCACAUCAACUAAUAUGUAAAAAGAAUACAAGUCAUACUGUUAAAGAGACAUUGACUAUGAAAACCAAACCUGAAAAUGUUGGACAGAAACCAGGCUUUCAGAAUAACAACGAUGACGAUGACGUUUGGGAUGCUGACAUAACCAGCAAACAAGAUUCUGAUAAAGACACUUUAGAGAUAGCUGAUGAAGAUGCUGAAGAAGUUAGUUUCUUUUCAUUUUACAAACCUACACCUAAUAAUCAUGAAGCUGUCGCUUCAGAAAGAGCAGCCGCACUAUCGGCACUACAAGCAACUCGAAAAAAAGCUGAGUUGUCUAGCAAACCAUUAACUGUAGACAAUGAUGAUAGUAAUUCAUUCAUAACAGUUAAGUUGUCACAUGAUGAAAACUCAACUACUAGUCGACUCACUGCAAAAUCAUGGGAAGAGUGUUUACCAAAGGUUACUAUAAGUGAUCCGGAAAUUCUACGUCAAAUGUCUUCUGUUAAAAAAGAAAUCGCUGACCAAGAAGAAGAUGACAAAGAGGAUGUUGAAGAAAAGGUCUUUUGGACAGAAGAGAAUUUCGUUCCAGGUCCAGAGCGUAAACGUGCACGUCUUGUUAUGCCUGGUACAAAAUCCAACAAUAUUGCUGUAAAUGAAUUAUUACAAUCAACAAAUACAGAAGUGAUAUCAAUUAAUCAAUCUGAUUUAACAGCUGGUGCUCAAUUAGAACUGAUUAAAUCUGUUACAAGUGAUGAUUCACAGUAUAGACCAAAGUCUACAGAUGAUGAUCCUGGCAAAUUAGCACAUAGAAAGCAUCAAAUCACUUGGCUAGCUCAUCAAGCUCAAGAAAAUGAAAUGGAAUUAGAAAAACGUUGGGCGGAAGCAAGACGUAAUAAGGCUUCAAAUCGAGCUAAAUAUGGAUUUUGAUUUCUUAUUGGUCAAAUAUAGAAUUGUUUUUCAUCUCGCUGCCCAACUACCAACAUUUUAUGUGAAUAUGUAAAUAGUACUUGUAAUAUGUCUUUUUUUGUAUAGAGCUUAUUCUAAGUUCCUUCAGUAAGUUUUAUUUAUUUCCACUGUCCUACUGCAAAAUGUAGUAUUUCAUUGUAAAUAUAAUUUGGUCGUUU